GGUCCGGUAGGGCGGGUUGGAGGGAGUUGCGCAGGCGCAGUGAGGCUGGUAUCAUGGCGUCCAGGGCCAAGCGGCGUGCCUUGGGUAGUGGGGCUCCGCGGGUUCCAGGUGUUCCGGUCCCGCGAGACGAGGAAGAAGAGGAAGAUGAAGUGGAGGACGAGGACGAAGACGAUGAAGACAGUGACGAAGAAGAGGAUGAAGACGACGAGAGCGUCGACGAGGAAGUGAACGUUGAAUUUGAAGCGUAUUCCAUCUCAGAUAAUGAUUAUGACGGAAUUAAGAAGUUACUGCAGCAGCUUUUCCUGAAGGCUCCUGUGAACAUUGCAGAACUAACUGAUCUCUUAAUUCAACAAAACCACAUCGGGAGUGUGAUUAAGCCAAGGCUCUCGAGAAAGUUGGCACCCACAGCCUCUACUUCCUCUCCUCCCAAGCACCCCCAUCUGGCCUUUACCAUCAGUGCUCCACUGACGUUCUGGAACUGUCGGCAAACGGAUGUUUCAGAAGACAGUGAUGACGAUGUGGACGAAGAUGAGAUUUUUGGAUUCAUAAGUCUUUUAAAUUUAACGGAAAGAAAGGGUACGCGGUGUGCUGAACAAAUUAAAGAGUUGAUCCUGAGCUCCUGUGAGAAGAGCUGUGGGAAGAGCUCGGUUGAACAGCUGGACGCGCUUUUCAACGACGCCUCCAAGCCCGUGGGCUUUCUCCUCAGCGAGAGGUUCAUUAACGUUCCUCCUCAGAUCGCGCUGCCCAUGCACCAGCAGCUCCGGAAAGAACUGGCAGAGGCACACAGAACGAACAAGCCGUGUGGAGAGUGUUCCUUCUACCUUCUGAUCAGCAAGACGUUUGUGGAAGCUGGAAAAAACAAUCCCAAAAAGAAAUGGAACAGCCAAGAGAAAGAUGAGUUAAUGUUUGCAAAUGCAGAGGAAGAAUUUUUCUAUGAGGCAAUCUUGAAGUUCAACUACUCGGUGCAGGAAGAGAGCGACACCUGUCUGGGAGGCAGGUGGUCCUUUGACGACGUCCCGAUGAAGCCCUUGCGAACUGUGAUGUUGAUUCCAGGUGACAAGAUGGACGAAAUCAUGGGUAAACUGAAAGAGCAUCUCUCUCUCUGACCCGUUUCCCAUGGGCAGCAGGGGGCUGGUUUUCGUUUUUGUAAAAUUACCAGAAAACAGCUCAGAUUUACUGAAAAACUCAUCACUUUAUUCAGAUUAAGGUCCUCUACAAAAAAGUAGGGUUCUGUCACCUGUGUCUGUGACACAUUUACAAAAUAGCCUUUUUAAAAAAAAAAAUUUUUGGUCAAAUUACGAACGGUUGAUGAAGAGCUUUUCCAGUAAGAAGGAAAAUGUGGAGUAGUGAUUUAAAGAACUCAAUAAAAACUUCCAUUUUUUAUUUUUAAA